AUGCGUAAAUGUGACUACAUCCGGUUAAUGUUUCGCGCUGUCCACAAUCCAAUUUUUGUCCGUUACUAUUCCCAAUGUGCUUAUCGAAAGCAAAUAGCUAGAGACAAAAGUCUGCCACCUUAUCUAGUUUGGUUUUCUUUCUUUCUUUUUUCUUCAUUUUAUCUUUCCUUCCUUAUUUUUUCAUUUAAUAUUCUUUCUUUGUUUUUUUUAUUCCAUUUCUUUCCUUAUUUUUUCAUUGGUUUCUUUUAUUCCUUAUGUUUUCGUUUUUUUUUUUUUUUUACAUACUUACCUUAUUUUUUUUCAUUUUUACGUUCUUUCCUCAUUUUUUUAUUUAAUAUUAUUUCUUUGAUUUUUUUUAUCAUUUUUUCAUGUCGAUUAAAUCUAUCUAUCUAUCUAUCUAUCUAUACAUAUCGUCAUUAUCUCUUUCUUUUUUUCUAUUCACUUCUUUUUCUACGUUUUUGUUUGUUUGAGCUGUGUAUACAUUCGUUUUUUUGUUUAAUCCUUCGCUUUCUUUAUUUCUACAUUCGUAAUCGCUUCUUUGUUUCUUUUUUUGUCUCUUUACUCUUUUUCUUUGUCUUCAAGGCAUCAUUCUUCUUUUUUUCUUUCUUUAUUCCUUUCUUUCUUUCUUUCUUUCUUCUUUUCAUCCUUUCUAUCUAUUCUCUUUUUCGUUUGAUUGUGUACAUUUAUCAUAUUCGUUUAUUUCUUUGCUUUCUUUCUUCUAUAUACGUGACCAUUCUUUCUUUCUUUUUUCUUUCUUUCUUUCUUUCUUUCUUUCUUUCUUUCUUUCUUUGUCAGCAGAACUUAAUUCUCCAUUACUAUCAUUCUUCCUUUCUUUCUUUACAUUUUUCAUUUCUUUGUUUGUUUUGGCGCCAUGUACACAUUUCUUUUUUUCGUGUAUUCCUUCGCUUUCUACAUGUCAUAUCAUUAUUUCCCUUAACUUUCUUUCUUUCUUUCUUUCUUUCUUUCUUUCUUUCUUUCUUUCUUUCUUUCUUUCUUUCUCAACAUCAUUCCCUUUAUUUACUUUCUUUCUUCUUUCAUUCUUUCUUUCUUUCUUUCUAUUCUCUUUUUUAUUUUAGCUCAAGGUAUACAUUUCUAUUUUGCGUUUAUUCUUUAGCUUUCAUUAUUUUUAUAAACGUAAUUGCUUCAUUAUCCCUUCCUUUCUUUAUCAUCAUUUCCCUUUCUUUCUUUCUUUCUUUCUUUCUUUCUUUCUUUCUUUCUUUCUUUCUUUCUUUCUUUCUUUCCAUUAUCUUCUCCAUUUAUUCAUUCAUUCAUUCAUUCAUUUCUUUCUUUCUUUCUUUCUUUCUUUCUUUCUUUCGUUCUUUCUUUCAUAUCAUCUCUUUUUCCAAUCAUAUUAGCUUCAUAUUCUUUCUUUCUUUCUUUCUUUCUUUCAUAUCAUCUCUUUUUCCAAUCAUAUUAGCUUCAUAUUCUUUCUUUCUUUCUUUCUUAUUUUCUUUCUUUCUUUCUUAUUUUCUUUCUUUCUUAUUUUCUUUCUUUCUUUCUUUCUUUCUUUCUUUCUUAUCAUUUCUUUUUCCAAUCAUAUUAGCUUCAUAUGCUUUCUUUCUUUCUUUCUUUCUUUUUUCAUAUUUUUUUUCUAAUCAUAUUAGCUUCAUAUUCUUUCUUUCUUUCUUCCUUCAUAAGACCUGUUUUCCAGUUUUAUUGAAUCUAUAUUCUUUCCUUGCCUUCAUAUUCUUCUUUCUUUCUUUCUUUCUUUCUUUCUUUCUUUCUUUCUUUCUUUCUUUCUUUCAAACCAUACCAUCUCUUUUUCGAGGCCUAUUAGAUUCUUUCUUUCUUUCUUUCUUUCUUUCUUUCUUUCAUAUCAUCUCUUUUUCCAAUCAUAUUAGCUUCAUAUUUUUUCUUUCUUUCUUCCUUCAUAAGGCCUUUUUUCCAGUUUUAUUGGAUCUAUAUUCUUUCCUUGCUUCUUUCUUUCUUUCUUUUUUCUUUCUUUCGUCCAUACCAUCUCUUUUUCCAAUCUUAUAA